AUGGCUUUCGAUCAACUCAGAGAGACAACUCCUGGCUCAAGCAGGAAUGAUCAAUUGACCGUCGAUACAAGUAAUCCCCUCUAUAUUCACCCUUCAGAUAGUCCUGGCAUGAUUUUAGUAUCAGUUCCAUUCGAUGGAACUGGAUAUCGCUCCUGGAGAAGAAGCGCUUUGCGAGCCUUAUCGGUUAAGAAUAAAUUGGGGUUUAUUACCGGAGAACUUAGGAAACCUAGUUCUGAUUCGCCUCAGUUUCGACUAUGGGAGAGGUGCGAUAACAUGGUAACCUCGUGGAUCCUCAACUCCCUUGCCAAGGAAAUAUCUGACAGCGUAGAGUAUGUGAAUGGCUCAGUGGAGCUGUGGAGAGAAUUAGAGGAUCGAUAUGACCAGACGAAUGGGGCAAAAUUGUAUCAGAUUCAGAAAGAGAUCAACGAUCUUAUGCAAGGUUCCCUAGACAUCACUACAUAUUAUACAAGGAUGAAGAAAUUAUGGGAAGAAUUGAACACCUUAAGUGCCAAAUCUCAGUGCACUUGCAAUUGCAUUUGUGGAGCAAAAGAAACCAUGCACAAAGUAGAACAGGAUCGACGACUCAUCCAGUUUCUAAUGGGAUUGAACGAGGUCUACACAAUAGUGCGAGGAAGUAUUCUCAUGAUGAAGCCACUGCCCUCUAUGGCACAGGCUUUCUCACUACUGAUUCAAGAGGAGAAACAAAGGGAAUUCAAGCCUACUAGUCAGCUAACCCUGGAUUCCACUUCAUUACAUGUGAGUGCAAGCUCACAAAAUCCAAAUCCAUUUGGGGCUAGAAAUUUCAAAACACACUACACACCUAAUAACAACAACAGGGGUCGACCAUUCUGUGAUUAUUGCAAAAGACCAGGGCAUACAAAGGAGAAGUGCUACAAGUUACAUGGGUAUCCUCAUGGGAAUUCUUAUAGUAAUCAAAAUCCCAAUCGCAACAACACCAGUGCUCAAUCAUAUAACCAAGGAAACAAUCAGAACUACAGGUUCAACAAGGGAAAAGGGUCUGUGGCUAAUGUGCAUGGAACCCCAGCUGACAUGAUUCAUGAGAAUGUGAAUGAACAAGAACCACAAGAUGGCAAUCAGAAUAUCAACCUCACAAAGGAGCAGUAUGGGCAGAUAAUGAAUUUGCUGCAGCACUUCCAUAUAGGACAUGCAUGA